CAAGCGCAAGCGGCGACUGCCCCGGGCAGCAGACAGAGGCAAGGGGCUCAGGCAUUUCAGCAUGAAAGUGUGUGAGAAGGUGGAAUCUAAAGGGCGCACCACGUACAAUGAGGUAGCAGACGAGCUCGUGGCAGAGUUCACAGGGCUGCAAGGCACUGCCAGCCUGCCGCAAGACCAGCAGUACGACGAGAAGAACAUUAGGCGGCGGGUGUACGACGCGCUGAACGUGCUGAUGGCGAUGGACAUCAUCUCCAAGGAGAAGAAGGAGAUCAAGUGGAAGGGCCUCCCGCCCUCCUCUGCUUCGCACCAGCUCCUCCUGGCGGAGUCAUCACGCGUGCGCAGUCGCGUGGAAAAGAAGGCUGCCCAUCUCGAGGAGUUGAAGGAGCAGAUGGCCGGCAUCGAGCGUCUCAUGCGCCGCAACGAGGCCAGCAGCCAGCAGGGGGGCCCACCUGCGGGUGGCGGGGUGGCGCUGCCAUUCAUUCUCGUGCAGACCCGUCCACAAGCAACGGUGGAGGUGGAGAUAUCAGAGGACAUGCAGCUCGUGCACUUUGACUUCAGCACCACGCCCUUUGAGCUGCACGACGACAGCUACGUGCUGCGAGCCAUGGGCCUCUGCACGCCUCCCCUCUCCGAUGUCUUCCCGCCCUCCCCAGCUGCUCCCGCCACUGCUGCGCCUCCCCUUGCCUCUACAGCCACCCCUUCACCGCCCACACAGCCACAGCCCGUUUCACAACAGCAACAGCAGCAGCAACUCCAACCAGCGCAGCACUCUCAGCAGCCGCCACAGCAGCAGCAGCAGCAGCAGCAGGCAUCACCGGGAGAGGGUGCAAUGACACCCACACAGGCUGCUGCACAGGCACAGCAACAGGGGCAGCAGGGGCAGCAGCAGAGGCAGCAGCAGGGGCAGCAAGGAGCAGGGAGCGGGCAGGCACAGAGCGGACCAGGAGGCCCACUCUCUCCCUCAGAACCCGGGAUAGUUGCCCCCACAAACGGUGGACCAAAGACAGCUGUAGGAGCGCCCACUAACGGGACACCUCCCUCCACAAGUAAUGGGCCACCCAUGGGUGGCACUGCAGGUGCUAAUGGUGUGGGGAGUGGCGUGGCCGGAGCAGGAGGGCCGGGGGGUCAGCCUGGCAGGGCAGACCGUGUGAUCUACUCUCCGCCUCAGCAGCAGCAGCAGCAGCAGCAGCAGGGCCAGCAGCAGCAGGGCCAGUACCAACCAGCAACGCAGGUUCCAGCGCAAGCUAUGGGUGCAUCUGCGCUUGCCCCAGGCCAAAUGGCACCUCAACUUCAGACUCAGGGAUCCGCAGCUGUGCACCUUCCACAGCAGCAGCAGCUGCAACAGCAGCCACAGCAGCAGCAGCAGCAGGUGGCACAGCAAGGGAUGGUGGGGAAUGCGCCUCAGAUGCAAAUGGCAGGAGGGGGGGUGAUGGCACCACCCACUUCUACCGUCACCUCUCCUCCUCCUGCCCCUGGCAGUAGUAUGGGUGCUGAUACCAUGGGGCAGAACCCUGGAGGGAUGGAGGGGCCAGGGCAAGGUGGGGCGCUGGGGGAGAUGCAGCAGAGUCAGGGGGGGCAGUAUGGGCAGGGGCAGGGGCAAGGGGGCAUGGCAGGAGAGGCGAUUGGGGAGGGUGGGGUGGCUGGGUCGGGAGCAGGCGAGCACAUGCAAGGGGGGUACUAG